AUGGAUCAGCAAGCACAAUACGAUCUCGGCAACGUCGAUUUAACAAAAGUGGACUGUGAUGUAACACCGCAAACCGUUGAUGAGUAUCUUCAGCAAGUUGCCGCAGGAAGGAUGAGGAUUCCAGAAGUCGCCUUUGUGGAUCGUCCUAAAGAGCCAAAACAAGAUGUGCAAAAGAUGGUGAAAGGUGUCGAUCCAUUGGCCCGCAAAAAGGAAUGGCAACAGCAAAAGGUGCGAUUUUAUCGAGAAAAUCGAGAACAACUGGCUCAACUGCGUGCUGUUACGGCCCCAUUGGACGUCGAUUGGCCAAGUAUUUACUCACCCAGGGAGUGGGUGACAAUGAUUUUGAAAAAACCGCAAGCGAUGAUUUCUGAAGAAAUACGUGAUCUUUUUCCACAGCACGAAGGCAUUCCACCCACGCCGGAAGUGCUUUUUUCUAUGACGAACGCGCAAGUCGAGAAUCUCAUCCAAACACUUCAAUGGAUUUAUGCGGUUUUAUUAAUUCUUGAGAAGAAUUAUCUUCACGAUGUGCUGGCAUCGCUAAGGGAUUUGGCUAAUUUUUGUCGAAAAGGCCGAUCGGCGCUUGCUGAAACAGAGUUGGAUGAGCGAGAACAAGAAGAAAUGGCUCAAAUGUAUUCACUUUUCAUUUCCAUUGUCGCUCUUUACUUCGAGCAAAAAGAUCUUGCGGAU